AUGCUGAUUGAUAAUAAUAAUAAUAAUAAUUUAUUGACAACAGAUAUAAUUACAUCAAAAUCGAGAAUUCAAAAUACGAAUACAGGUGCUCGAGGUGAUUAUCUGUGUUUAUCGACAGUUCCAACACGGUCUAAUAGAACUCUCCUUAAUUGUAUUGGUGAUAAAAAUUCAUAUUCAAUAUCUACAUCAAAGUUUGAAAAUAAAGCAGAUGAUGAUUUUCGAUUGAACUUAGCAAGCGGUGAACCUAAACAUCAUCAAGCUUGUGUUUCAACAUCAUCAGCUACUUUCAUUGUAUCAUCGUCUCCAUUAUAUAUGACUGUACAACAUGAAGAUCAUAGUAUUCAGAAUAUGAAUCAUUCAAAGAUGAAUAUGGACGUGCUUCCAUCUGCGAGAACAUCUCAUAAUCAUCAACAAUCAUCAACGCUCAAAAAACCGUAUUGGAUAUCAGUACCGGUUAUUGCUGGAAUUUUCAUAAUUUUUACAAUUAUCAUUACUAUAGGUAUCAUUUAUUGA